GGCAUCGCUUCUUUUUGCUCUUUUUCUCCCUCCUCUCCACUUCACUCUGUGACGAGAAAACUGAUAAGAGGCUGGGAGGUCUCCAUGUCUCUAUAUACUAUAGCCUAGUCAUUGUUUACUCUUCAACUGGGCUGUAUUGUUUAUUGUUGGAAGUUACACCAUGUUGCCCUAUAUUAAUGCUGUAUUUGAGUAUCCUUCAGCGCUGAUAGGAGCUUCGGUUGACGAUGUCAAGCUCAUCGCGUCCUUUCUCAUCUCCUAUCCUUUGGCAGCGAUCUUGAAGCGGAUUCCGGACUCUCAGCCGUGGAAGAAGAAUGUGUUUAUUAUCCUCAUCGCACUGUUCUAUCUAAUAGGUCUGUUCGACCUGUGGGAUGGACUGCGCACGCUGCUCUAUAGUUCAGUCGGCGCCUAUGCCAUUGCAUACUACGUGGACGGGUCGUUGAUGCCAUGGAUCGCUUUUAUUUUCCUGAUGGGCCACAUGUCUAUCAGCCAUAUCUACCGGCAGAUUCUCAAUGAUCCCCAGACGGUAGACAUCACUAGUGCGCAGAUGGUUCUGAUCAUGAAGCUCUCCGCGUUCUGCUGGAAUGUCCAUGACGGCCGUCUGCCACAGGAGCAGCUCUCCGAUGCACAGAAGUAUGCGGCGAUUACCGAGUUUCCCAGUCUGUUAGACUAUACAGGCUAUGUCUGUUUCUUCCCGGCUCUCCUGAUCGGUCCUGCCUUUGACUUUGUCGACUACAAGCGCUGGAUUGACACGACUUUGUUUGACGUGCCUCCCGGGACAGAUCCUUCCAAGGUUCCUCCAACCAGAAAGAAGCGCAAGAUUCCUCGAAGUGGAACUCCCGCGACGAAGAAGAUGCUCGCUGGACUGGGCUGGAUCUUCCUAUUUGUCCAGCUCUCAUCGUACUACUACCCAGCCGAUCUUCUCGAGGAUAGUUACAUGGAGUACUCGCUCCCUCGCAGAGUUUUUAUCAUGCAUAUGAUCGGGUUCACCGCAAGAUUCAAGUACUACGGCGUGUGGUCCUUGACAGAAGGGGCCUGCAUCCUUUCGGGCAUGGGAUACAAUGGCUUCGAUGCCACGACUGGCAAAGUAUUCUGGGACCGUCUCGAGAACAUUGAUCCAUGGUCCCUCGAACGCGCUCAGAACUCGUACGGCUACCUGGGGAGCUGGAACAAAAACACGAAUCACUGGUUGCGCAACUACGUGUACUUGAGAGUCACCCCCAAGGGUAAAAAGCCUGGUUUCCGAGCAAGCAUGGCGACCUUCGUGACGAGCGCGUUCUGGCACGGCUUCUACCCAGGCUACUACCUGUCUUUUGUUCUUGGUUCCUUUGUGCAAACAGUUGCCAAGAACUUCCGUCGCUACAUCCGGCCCUUCUUUCUCACUCCCGAUGGCAGUAAACCGACGCCCUACAAGCCUUACUAUGAUGUGUUGAGCUGGUUCGCGACACAACUCACCAUGUCCUUCGUGGUGAUCCCCUUCAUUAUCCUUGGUUUCGGAGACUCGAUCAAGGUCUGGUCUCGAGUCUACUUCUACGGCGCUGUCCUUCUUGCGACCUCGCUCGCUUUCUUCGCCAGCCCCGGUAAAGCCCUCCUAGUCAAGAAACUCAAGGCACGCAAUAGGCCCUACGUCACCCGCACCGUCAGUCAGGAAGCCGUGCGUCCUCCCACGCUGGGCCUGUCCAGUGAUCUCGGCCGGGACAUCGAAGAGGCCGUCCAGGAGAUCAAGACAGAAAUCGAGACCCGGAGAAGACGCGGCAGCGUGGUCACCAUGCCGACAGGCGACGAGCUCCGCCGCGUGAUAGAGUCCAAGCUCGGUCGGAAGCUACCAUAAGACAUGGACCAUCCAUCUCUGAGUGGAUGCUGAUCGAUUGUGCGGCUUUGAGAACUCCUUUUCCUCUGUGAAAUGCAGACAGAGCGUUGUGGUGAAGCGAUGUCGACGAAUCCCUUUCUUUUCAGCGUUCUAUGCGAUUCCCGGUGUUGACUUGGCUGAAUCAAGUGAAUGCAGGAAUUGAAUAGUAGAAUAGAAUAAUGAUUGUCCAUUCAAGUAUAAUUGAUCAUCUUUUCAAAGUGUAGAAUUAGUCUAGUCUAUAACUAAGGAAUGUAAUCCUACAUGUUAACCAAGUAAUAUCAAAUCUAGGCUCGCUGAAAAGAAGAAACGAGAUAAAUCCAAAAGGACAUAUAUCUCAAGUCUAAAUGCAAUGUAAAUAGCUGCAGGGCUCAUAAAGAGGCAUGUAUAUAGAUACAUGAGUUGACUGAACAGGAGCAAUAAACACCCCCGUAUCAAGACCCGGGGGGGGGGGGGGGG